AGUGAUAGGGGCUUCUAUAGAAUCUCCCGUGACCAAUGAGCGGGGUGCUGUCAGGGGUAACAACAUCUGUCAACCGUUCUUGGCCAAUAAAGAGCUGAGCGAGGCGGACCUCAGGUGUGCGCCUCUACGUCCCCUUGGCACCGCGCCCGGGAGAUCGAGAGCAAAACCUAGCUAGCUGCCCGGUGGCGGAAAAUAGUAACUGUCAAAGGCAGCUCCUUUAACGACAGAGCUAUCACUCCGGCUCCGAGAGUUAUGGCGACCGCAGCGUCCAACCACUACAGUGUCCUGACUACCGCCAGCAGCGCGCAGCGGCAGCACUCGGAGUCCGGGAGCAUGCAGCAGGCAGCGGUGUACAGGGACGCGCACACCCUGCUCCAGAACGACUACACUCUACCGGGCAGCGGUCAUCCGCUUAGCCACGCUCACCAGUGGAUCACGGCUCUGUCGCACGGGGACGGGGCUCCGUGGCCGUCGAGUCUCCUCGGAGAGCAGGACGUGAAGCCCAUUCUGCAAAGCGACCGAGAGGAGCUCCAGAAUUCCGCCAGUCUGCAGCAACAGCAACAGCGACACCCUCACCUAGCGCACCAGGCACAUCACGACGCCAGGGCAUGGCGAACAAGCACGGCCUCCACGCACAUUCCCGGUAUGGCUACAUCUGAUGGCCAGAGCCUGGUGUACUCCCAGUCUGGGUUCGGCCUGGGAGGACCAGAGCAGAUGCACCACCACUCUCUGCAGGAGGAAGACCACCACAGCCACAGCCCACAUCUGAGCGAGCAUGGAGGCGGGGUACAGUCGUCCCUCUCACACCACCAGCACGGGGGACACCCGGAAAACUCGGACGAGGACACGCCGACCUCGGACGACCUGGAGCAGUUUGCCAAGCAGUUCAAGCAGCGGCGCAUCAAACUGGGCUUUACCCAAGCUGACGUGGGGCUGGCGCUGGGGACCCUUUAUGGAAAUGUAUUUUCUCAAACCACUAUCUGCAGAUUCGAGGCGCUUCAGCUGAGCUUCAAAAACAUGUGUAAACUCAAACCACUGCUUAACAAAUGGCUGGAGGAGGCGGAUUCCACCUCGGGGAGCCCCACCAGCCUGGAUAAGAUCGCGGCGCAGGGGAGGAAGAGGAAAAAGAGGACCUCCAUCGAGGUGGGCAUAAAGGGGGCUUUGGAGAGCCAUUUUCUCAAAAGUCCCAAACCAGGCGGCGCAGAGAUCACCUCCAUAGCGGACAGCCUGCAGCUGGAGAAGGAGGUGGUGAGGGUUUGGUUUUGUAACAGGCGGCAGAAGGAGAAGAGGAUGACGCCCAUUGGAGGACAGUUACCGGGAACGGAGGACAUGUAUGGGGACACACCACCUCACCACGGCGCUCAAACCCCGGUACAAUGACCUUAAACCCGUUAUAACACAUGGACCCCUAAAGGAUAUGAAUGUCCCCCUGUGUUUCUCUGUGCCUGACCAGUUAGCAUUGGACCGUAGCCAGCCCAGUGCUAAUGUUGGACCUAUUUGGAACACAGUGGGGAUACCGAGUGUAAGAACUCGAGCACUACACCCCAGACACACAGAAAUCGAGAGCUAUGGGGAGUUUUCAUGCAGUGGAGAUGCGACACGCAAUUUCUGGCUACAUGGACCGUGGUUGGUGUGUGCUAACCAAAAAAGGUUCAAUAUCAUUGACAUCAAAUCGAUUUUAUAGUCAAGGCGCCAAUAUGUCGUAAUGUGUAAAAAUAAAGACAGUAUAGGCUGUGUGCACGAACCUACCCGCGGGAAACAGGCAUAGAGAUCGCAGCCGACAGUCGGUAAAUAAACGCCAUCUUUCCUUAAUAACAAAAGCAACAGGGGUUUAACACGGUCGAAGCUCAAUACACCUGCUGCACCAUUAAAUAAAAGCCAAUACUAUCACCAGCAUAUUAUUAUUAGGCCUAUUGUUAUUAUCAUGGUAGGUAUUAUUAUAAUAAACAUUAUUAGUCAUGUUUCUAUGACAAAGGCAAAGCAUAGGCCUAUAGGCUAUAGGCUAAUGUUUAUUUACAUAGAACAGGGUCAUAACGUAUGCCUGCAUGGACACAUGGGGACAUGGGAUAUAUUGACAUGUAUUUUGAGAUAUAUUGAAUCAAGUUCAUUUCAAUUCAACAUGUCAUGAUUAGUUUCAGUUUUACUAACUAUAUUUGAAUUGCAGUUUGUUAAUUGCCAUACAAUAGUAAACACAGCAUAUCCUGUACUGUAGACAACAUAUUUACCAAGGCACAAUGUGUCAGUUAUAGUCUAUAAUGUGGUCAGAUUGUAUCCCAAUAAUAAAUAAAUAAAUAUCCCCAAAAUUAAAGUAUCCAUAAUUUUUAAUAUAUCAUAAAAUAGGCCUACAUAAUAAUAAUAAUAAUAAUAAUACAGUAAUAAUAAUUGUGUCUUGUGCAUACCUUGCGAGGCACAGACCAUGUAUUAAGUCAAAAUUAAUUUAAUUUUCUCUUGACACCUCAUGUCGUGUCCAUCAUGUGUACAUUUCUGCGCGCCUGUUUACAGUAGCCUAUGUGUCGUGUUUGUAUAUUUAUUUGUGUUUCCAAAAUGCUGUGAUCAGAAAGACCGAGAGACUGUAAGGACCAUACCAUAUCACUGAAGCCUGCCUCUGCCUUCGUUUCGUAAGAAGAUAAUCACGGAAUAUAUCUGUACCAGCUCUGUCUUCAGUGGCUCCAAUUAAUCUAGACAAUGAUUCAUUCACCAAGAAGAAUUGUUCGUGGGAUGUAACUUACAUUUGUUUUUGUAUCGCUUUGUAUGUUUGUUUGUUGAAUUUUCUCUUGUCAGACCAGUGCCAAAGCACAAACACGUACGUGCACGUGCUCUUGUGCCGCUCAACUCGUGAUAUACAUCUGACAGCUGCAGGGUUGGGGUCAACUUUGGCAAUUCCUGGAGUCAAAAUUGGUUCAUUAUUUCAAGAAUUUCGAUUAAAAAUUGAAUGGAAUCAGGAGGAGGCUGAUUCCGAAUUUGAAAUGGAAUGGCAGGAAAUAUAAUUCAAUUAAUGGGAAAUUCUCAACACACUGACAUAAAUUAGAUAACUUGUAUAGCUAAUACUUGUGAACCAAAUUGGUUUGAAUAGCAUUACAUAUUCUCGUUAUUUACCUCAAAGUAUAGGCAUAACAUCAACUUAUAUUAUGUAGACCAAGGCACUUCAGUGAGAUAAUAGCUAUCAAUAUCACUUAUACUCACCUGGCCUAGUGGCACUGAUAUACAAAACAACUAUUUCACUCAUCAUUGCAUGGAAAAUGUAGCCUAUAGGCUUAGCCUAUUUAUUGGCACCUGACUCAUCUAACGCCUAUGCGUAUGAAUUGUAAGCCUAAUUGAAAAGGCUCCCUGGGAAAAUUCAAAUUGAGUAGGCCUGCACAUUUAAUACAUUUAAGAAUAGCUGAAAUUAAAUUUGUUUGAAUUGUUUUUCCUGUCAUUCAAAUGUAAAUUAUUAUUUUUCUUGACCAUUCAAAUUCAAACUCAAAAUGCUGUAUUGGAUUUGAGUUUAUCUAAGCAUUCUGAAUUGACCCCAACCCUGUGACUGAUCAAAUGAAUGGGGAAAAGAAAUCAAUAAUUGCACAAUUUCUAUAUUAUGUUUUUUUGUCAUUAAAAUGUAUUUGUUUUUUUUAUAA